AUGGAAGUAGAAAUUCUAGAUGUAUUAGAAGAAGGAAACAUUGAGAAGAAGAAGUUAGUAAUACCAUCGUGGCUGAAGGUCAUGCUCUCCACAAAUUUCAGUAAUGUUUGUAUCUUGCAUUCUCAUACUAGGAGGCAUGAGUUCAAUUACUUUUGCAUCAACUGUAGUACAUCUAUUUGUAGCCUUUGUCUGGUCGAACACUCCGAACACAAAUAUCUUCAGAUUCGGAAAUAUAUAUACUGCCAUGUCGUUAAUUUGAGAGAUAUACGCAAGCUGUUUGAUUGUUCAGGGGUACAGACAUUCACCUCAAAUGGAAGAAAAGUAGUAUUUUUGAAAGAGAAGCCGACCUCUCAGACAAAAAUUCACACAUCUAAUACCAUGACGGACUGCGUAUGUGAACGAAGCUUGCAGGACUCCCUUUACUGCAGCCUUGCAUGCAAGGUUCUUGCAACGUCAUCUGAUAGGGAAAAUGAGAACAAGCCUACCCCUCCAAGUUCACCAAAUGUCGAGGAAAACACUACUGUUGAGGAAAAUCCUAUACACCAGAGGCUGAGGCUGGGAAGAUAUAGGAGAAAAGGGGUUCCACUAAGAUCUCCAUUAAAGUAG